UCAUAUUCGGUUCGUGACAACCGAAAGAAGUGCAAACGCCGGUUCUGCUGCUGUAACACGCAGGGGUGGCACCACCAGCGACCACAAGAAGACUCGCUGCGACGACGAGGCGAGCAAUCCGAGCGACGAUUUGCUUCUACGAUUCACCAGAAACCGCGGGCGUUGUUUGUUUGGGAGGCCCAGCAAUCAGCACCCACCCACCUCGCCAGUGACCAGGCUUCCCAGUGCAUCGGCUCAACCUGACGUCGCUCAUCUUACCGACCGGGAUUUGCUUGGGGGGAGAUUUGGGGACAUGACAGGUUGUUGGCCCAUUCGCUGAACGCACUCGGACCACGCCAGAAAACUUCGCUCGUGUUGCUGCUGGUUCUGCUGCCCUCACGCGUGGCAGUGGCAGCGACAAGAUGCGGGUCUGUGGAGGACACGGGAGUGGAACUGAUCUCACGCUGCCUGGUCUCACGUUGCACGGCAGGCAAUAGCUCGGCGGAGCACAGCACCACACGCGGCGGCCAGGUGCCAGGGUGGAGAGGGCACCGGAGAAGAGGGCGGACGCGCGCUGGCGGCGGCGGGCAAGGCAGAAGAGGCAAUAUGCCGGCACACGUCGUGGAGGAGCAGCGAGCAUGGCAGCCCGAGCGCUCAAUGGCCGUUGCCGAAGCGCUGAAGGAGGCCAUGGGCGACAACAAUGCCGCCAUGCAUGACGCACCAGAUCAGCCUCGCAGCAUGGCGCUGCGGAGCCCACGAGACGUGCCGUCACCAGAACCACAUCUGCCACUCCGGAAGUCGUCUGCUGCGAACCGAAUGCAAGCUAGGAAAGGACCCAUACCGCAUCCCAUCUUUCUCCCCUCACACAAUCAUCAACUACGAGGCUUUGGGCCGAGCCCAGUCCAGCCAAUGCCACACGUCAAUGACGUGCAAGCCAGCUCCGAACACGCUUUCGCCGGUCGAGAGCAGAGACGGCCGUACAAGCCUGCCGUAGCUGUGCUGGAGAGCCAGCAGCAGGUACUGCAGUAUACCAACGACCAUCCUCAGUUCCCACCUUAUACCGCCCCCGGCAUCCCACGACCGCCCUCGAGCCCCUUCGAUUCUCCUACUCUUGGAUCGCAAGAUGCCUACUCGCGGAAGCCACCUCAAAACCUGCGGCAUGCGACGAGCGUUGGCGAUGGCCUGCGAAACAUCCGCAACAGGAUGUCGAACAGAGCUCGGCCUGGGCAGCCAAACGGUUCGCCCGGUGGAUUGACACCGGACGCACACUCGACUCGUGCGAGUCCUGCACUGCCGGUAGAUGAGGUGCGGGAUUCAUUUCGUUCGGCACUCACGAGUCAUUCCAGUUUCGGGCAUGCGAGCAGCGUUCUGACGACUCAGACAACCCAUACUAGCUUGAGCUCCACGACCGACAACGAUUUUGUCAAAAUCAGAACCACCGACUACGACGAAGAAGGCGGCCUCACCGAUCUGGACAUGUCUGUAGACGACGUGCUCGGCAUGUACGAGGAUGGCUUCGAGUCCGGCACAGGAAGCGUACGUCCUUCACCGCGACCAAGCAUGCAAAGUGCACGAAGGCCCAGUCUAGAGGCAAGACCCGGCUCAAUAAAAUCGGCCCAGAUACCGGCGAGGCGCAGCUUGGAUACAAUGUCUGUGAAGUCGCUUGAUCGCCCGCAAUCCCAGCCAAGACCUACGUCUUUGGCACCGAAGCGACCUUUCGCAGCACAUCGUCGAUCUCAGAGCGCCAGCAUUCUGAUCAUGGGUGUCAAUGCCAACCGCGCAUCAGUUCGUGGUGUUAGCCCGGCCGCUACACCACCUGUGCCUUCCGACGAGAAAAAGCCCACGGAGCGUACAUCAGAGCAAAUAAUGUCUGGCCAAAACCUUGAAUCUCGACCCACGACAGGCGCGUUCCAGGCGAGGCUUCGCGACAGAUAUGGCUUUAAGAAGACAUCACACUACAUCACACUGGAGCAGUAUGAAGCCUGGGACAGAGACUACACUGCAUAUUUGGAACGGCGACGCAAAAAGUGGUAUGCUAUGAUGCAUCAAUAUGGCUAUGAGACGUCUCCCGCGAUACGGUUUCCACAGAAGAGCGACAAGGUUAAGCGCUACGUCCGCAAGGGCAUACCACCCGAGUUCCGAGGUGCAGCGUGGUGGUAUUACGCACGAGGGCCGCGGGAAUUGUCCAAAAAUCCAAUGAUAUAUGUUGAAUUAAGGCAGAGGGUGGAAGACGGAGAGCUGACCGACAACGACCGGGAGCACAUCGAAAGAGAUCUGCACAGGACGUUUCCGGAUAACGUGCGUUUCAAGCCCGAUCCGACCACGAUGCACGAUGCACAGGCUGGAGCUGGUGGUGGCACCCCAGUCAAGGAGGGAAGUGCGCUCAGAAAUGAAGUGUCGGCAUCGGGACCGGCCGACACACCUGUACAAGGCUCUCCGAGAAGUGUAACCAGGAAGAAGCGCCACACUGACGAACCAGAAACACCGAUACUUCAGUCACUGCGCAGAGUACUGCAAGCCUUCGCUGUGCACAACCCCAAAGUUGGGUACUGCCAAUCCCUCAACUUCAUCGCCGGCCUUCUUUUACUCUUCCUUAGCAAAGAUGACUCUGACCUCGAAGAAGCCGAGACGAAGGCUUUCAUCCUGCUCAACAUCGUUACCACGCAGCAUCUUCCCGACACGCAUGGUAUUACUCUGGAAGGCGCCAACAUUGACAUAGGAGUACUGAUGUCCUGUAUCAGAGACUCACUUCCUGCCAUCUGGGCCAAACUUGACGAUCAGAAAGAGAUCAAUGCCAUUGGCGCUGCGGCUACCAUGGCCGGCGGCAUCGGUGGGCUGCGUCUUCCCACGGUCAGCUUGGCCACUACUGCGUGGUUCAUGUCACUCUUCGUGGGUACCCUUCCCAUCGAAUCAGUUCUCAGAGUCUGGGACUGUCUGUUCCUCGAUGGCUCCAAGACCUUGUUCCGAAUAGCGUUGGCAAUCUUCAAGGCUGGCGAGUCAGCAAUCAUGAAAGUCAGUGAUCCCAUGGAGAUCUUCCAGGUUGUGCAGACGAUCCCUAGGAGUAUGUUGGAUGCCAACUCCCUCCUCGAUGUCUGCUUUCGGAGGCGUGGAGGUUUUGCAAGCAUCAGUCAGGAUGUGGUGAACCGCCGCAGGAGAGAACGUCAGAGGUUGGUGCAGGAGGGGAUCAUGAAGCAAGGGCUUGGCGCGAAGAGCGAAGAUAUGGUGAGGAGGAUGCGAACGCGGUUAAAAACUCGCGGCGGCAUGAGAGUGGGAACCAACUGAGUUGGAAUAUUCUUUAAGCGAGGCGUUCGGGAGUCAGGAGACUUGUGGUUUUCGAGGGUCUGAAAGGAAAAGGAUGGUGGUCAUGGAGAACGUAUAUUGAACGGCCGUAAUCAUGUCAAAGGGAAGGCGGGAAGGCUGAACACAGGCAGAGACGGCAGGCGCUGCGCUGGACUCGCUUUGCCAUGAAUAUGCUGACCGAGACAUAGUGCAAAAAUGUUGAACUUACAACCUG